AUGCAAGUACAACAUAUUAAAGAUCCUGUUGAUGGUGAAAAUAAUAAUCGACUUUAUAUUCGUGUUAGACAUAUAAUUGAAAAUACAUUGGAAAUUUAUGAAACACAGGAAAUUAAAAACUUAUCAAUUGAAGAGGGUAAAUCAAUUGGCGAAGCAUUAAAAUUAAAUACAAAUGUACAAUGUUUGGAAAUUAAAUUAAAAAAUCUUUCAAUUCCAUGUGCUGAAUAUUUAAUUGAUUCAUUGAAAACAAAUACAGAUAUAUAUGUAUAUAUAUAUACAUAUUUAUUGGUGGUACCGAGAAAAAAAGAAUAUAUUCAGAACGGAGAAAAAAAUGACAGAAUAGAAUAAAAAGCUCUAGUUUCCACGCAAAAAACAGUUUUUCGUUUCUUUCUUAAGAGUUAAGAGUUGUCCAGGAAAAGGGGUAGCAUAUGUGACGUAGUCACCAAAUUUUCAGUCAAUUGAUGUAUGCUGUUUCUUUGUAAACCAUCCCCAGGAAAAGUGACAUGUUCUGCUAUGAUGUAACUCACAUAACAGAUUUUGGUAGCAAAAUGGUUUUUUUUUAGAAAACGCGUUCAGAAAAAACGCCAGAAAACGGGUAAUUCAACGAUCAUUCACUGCGUUAUCGAAGAACGCUUUAUUCUAAAGUUCUGAACAACAAAAUAUGCGUUUAAAGAGCCGUUUUAACGA